UUGUCACAACCUUUGUGACGGCGCCGAACAAUUACAAAGAUAGUGAGAUUCACAAUUUUCGAAUCAAUAUUAUUUUCUGUUUUGCUAUAAGUCACUUUCAGUAAUUCAUAGACGUUGUGACUGUAAUAAGGAGUAAUGUCCGGAAUUCGCACCGGACGCGUGAGUAAGAAUAGGAGAGGCCAUCGUAUGAAGACUCGGCCAGGUCUGAGAAUGAUGGCAAUUAUGCAAGACAGAAAGAGUGAGGAAGUUCCGAAGGAAUUUCUCGAGACUGGCAGAACGGGGCGCCGGAACGCGAUGCCCGACAUCCUGCACCCGCAGGGCGCCGAGUGCUCCACGGCCGACCUGCCCUCGCGGCUGCAGCAGCUCGCCACUACCGAUACAGACAACCCGAAGCCAUGUUCAUCUAAAGCAGAACUCGAAAUAAGCAAGGAGGAGGAUUCGACGGCCAAGAAAGACUGCAGUUGAGCUGCGUUCCUCAGUCAAGAGUCCCCUGUGGACGCUACGGGACUUACCCAAAGCUAAAGCAAUCUCAAUCAGGUACUAGUGUAGCGAUGAGUACGUAGCCUCAUCAUGCUUAUUAGCAAGGUUUGCCAAUAAGUCGUAGUAGUUUGUAGCGACUUAUUGCAUUGCAGAGUUCUGAGCGACGGAGGAUAUUUUAAUAUCACUGAAGUUAACUUCAUGGAAUAACACUAGGUGGGAACUUUGUCGGAUGUAAUCGACAUAUCAU